UUCUAUACCCACCAGGGGCCUUGCAUAUCUACGCAUCUAUACCACAUAUCCGGCUGCGAUGUCUCUCUCAGUAGAAACCGUUCGCCUACGCUUCACCCCGCAGUCUUGACCGGAAUCGACUUCCAAAUGAGUGGUUUCCAAGACUCUUCUCCCCGUGGUACCCCAGUUCAAAGGGAGCAAGUUCCGGUAGGCAUGGCACUCCCGAAGCCCUGAAAGUCACCAAGGUAUUCGAAAACGCAGGUAUUUCAUGAUGCGUUGUUGGAACCUCGGCGUUGAAAUACUUCGGGGCGUGGGUAAUGCGAAAUGACUGGGAGAUAUGCGUGCCAAACGAGUGCCUCGACAAAGCCUUCUACGUUUUGAAAGCAGAGCCUUAGAAUCAAAAUUACGAAGUCUGGCGGCACGAGCGUCCUCAACCCUACUCCCUCCAUACAAUCCCACGGUUCAAAGUAAAGGAUGCAAAGCUUUGGUUCGAUCCCAUACCAUCAGAAGACUGCCACCUCGUAUGCGAGCCUUCAAAUUUCGAGCGAAGCAACGUGGGCCUGCCCUACCCGGAACUCGAAAUCUUUGCUCAAAGCUUCCUGGAUAUAUAUACCGUCAGGCUUUUGCAGAUCUCAUUGAUGGAAUGGAUCUGACUGAGGAGUGGGGAGCUGAACACCUCAAUCUCAGUGGGACGAAUCAUGUUGAGUAGGCGAGGCAAAAGAACAAACGCAUAGGGAGUCUGUUCCCAUAACCCAGGCUUCAUUUCUGCUUGAGGUGGAUGAAGGGCUGGUCACCAGGACGAAGAUAUGGAACGACAUUGUAAGAUCAAAAGAACGACGAAUCGACCUUGCCUUGCCGAAAGAGGUAUAUGUAACUCGAUUUCACUCUCGAGGGCGUACAGAU